GACAAUGUUUGGCCAUACGGUCAUACUGAACCAGACAAGGGAUGGGCAACUUUGGAUUUCUGUAAAUACAAAUAUUAUCGUUUUCGAUCAAAAGAACAGGUACAUUAGUCACGAUGACGGGAGGCAACCACUGGAGCUACGACAUCCUCAAGCAGAUCGCCAUCGAAGGAUGCACGGAGGACGUGGAGCAGCUGAAGGCGCUGUUCGCCGAUGAGAUUGGUUCGCGGCGGCGAAUGGAUUGUAUUCGGUGCGUUGAGGAUCUGAUUGACUGCCUGGAACGGGCCGACGAACUGGCCGAGGACAAUGUGGAGCCACUGCGUCGGUUGUCCAUUAACCAACCGAAGCUGAUCGAGGCUCUGGCUGGCUAUACACCGCCGGCAAAUGUCCGGGAUCAGUCGGUGAAUCUGUACCAGGAACUGCGCUUGGCCGAGGAACUGCGUCAUCAACUUCGCAUAGCUCCGGUUCAGAUUGCCUAUCCACAUCCGGCGGUAGCUGUGGCUCCAGCACCCACGCCUGCAAUCCAGAACUAUACCACUCCGGCUGCAUUUACGGAUCGCAAACGUUCGGCCAUCUUCAAGAAACUAUCCGAGGAACUGGGACGCUACUGGCGACGUUUGGGUCGAUCGGCGGGCAUUGGCGAGGGCGCCAUGGACGGCAUCGAGGAGCGCUAUCCGCACGAUCUGAAAUCCCAGAUCCUGCGUCUGUUGCAGCUCAUCGAGGAGGACGAGUGCCACGAUCCCAAACACUUCCUCGUUCGCCUUUGUCGCGCCCUCGGCGUCUGUGGUCGCAAUGAUCUGCGCAAGAACGUGGAACAGAUUAUGUCGCACUAAGUAAACGGUUGACAUUAGUUUUAAUUCAUACACUUUUGUAUUUUAUGUGAUGGCCCUGAUAAGCCAGGGGAAAUCCCCUGCCAAAAUUGAUAAGUCUUGCGCCUUAAAGCCAACAGUGCCUCUUUUUGUUUGUCUAUGGCUAAUGAUAGGGUGUAACCAAAAUUUGCAAUAUGCUGUCGAAUUUGUUAUUAUCAAACAAAGGGAGAUUCCCUUUGAACUGUAUAAAAAAAUUACUUGAGUUGCCAAAUCUUUCAUAUAAUAUUGCUAUUAAUAAAUCCAAAACGUAUUAAACGAAUGAAA